UGUCCAGAUUAGUAAAUUGCCAAAUACCCUCUCCCUCUCUCUCUCUCUCUCUCUCUCUCUCUCUCUCACGCACGCUCGCCCUCGCCUGGUCAUUUCAUUUGCCCUCAGUCUAGCUUCUUCUUCUUCUUCAUCUCAUGCAUCUGAUAAUAUAAAUCCAGAAGAGAAGUGAACAAACCGGAUAUAAAUCAGCUACAUUGUCUGUUAUUCACAACAAGAGAGCAAAGAACCCGCUAAGAGGGAAUGGGUUUAUCUGGAAUCCUGCUGCUGUUCCUUGUCAACGUCGGGCUGUGUUUCGCUGCAGAUCCGUUUGUCUUCUACGACUUUGAAGUUUCUUACAUUACUGCUUCGCCACUCGGCGUGCCUCAGCAGGUAAUUGCCAUUAACGGAAAGUUUCCGGGACCUACCAUUAAUGUUACGACCAACAACAAUGUAGUCGUCAAUGUCAGAAACAAGUUGGAUGAGGGCCUCCUCCUCCACUGGUCCGGAAUUCAACAGAGGCGUGUUUCAUGGCAAGAUGGAGUUGCGGGAACCAACUGCCCUAUUCCUCCAAAGUGGAACUGGACUUACCAGUUUCAGGUGAAGGACCAAAUUGGAAGUUUCUUCUACUUCCCAUCUCUCCAUUUCCAGAGAGCAUCUGGUGGUUUCGGCUCAUUCAUCGUCAACAACAGGCCUAUAAUUCCAAUUCCAUUCCCGACCCCGGAUGGGGAUAUCACCAUUUUGAUCGGUGAUUGGUACACGAGGAACCACACGGCAUUGAGGAAGGCUUUAGAUGACGGGAAAGAUCUCGGAAUGCCGGACGGCGUUCUCAUUAAUGGAAAGGGUCCCUACCAAUACAAUCGGACUCUCGUUUCUGAUGGGAUUGAUUACGAAACCAUCACAGUCCAUCCUGGAAAAACCUACAGAAUUCGGGUGUCCAAUGUUGGAAUUUCCACCAGCUUGAAUUUCAGGAUUCAGAAUCACAAUUUGCUUCUUGCGGAAACCGAGGGAUCAUACACGGUUCAACAAAACUACACUAGCUUGGACAUACAUGUCGGCCAGACGUUCUCCUUCCUGGUCACGAUGGAUCAAAACACGAGUACCGACUACUACAUUGUCGCCAGUGCUCGGUUUGUCAAUGAAUCCAGAUGGAGGAGAGUCACUGGAGUUGGAAUUUUACAAUAUACUAACUCUAAAGGAAAGGCCAGAGGUCCCUUACCCGAUGCACCAAAUGAUGAAUUUGACAAGACUUUCUCCAUGAACCAAGCAAGAUCGAUCAGGUGGAAUGUAUCGGCUAGUGGGGCACGUCCGAACCCUCAAGGUUCAUUUAAGUAUGGCUCAAUCAAUGUGACUGAAGUCUACGUCUUGAGGAACGUUCCACCUGUCAAGAUUAACGGGAAAAGACGAACGACUCUUAGCGGCGUGUCAUUUGUGAACCCUUCUACACCGAUCAGGCUAGCUGAUCAGUUCAAACUCAAGGGAAUCUAUAAGCUUGAUUUCCCGACGAGGCCGUUAACUGGACCGCCCAAAAUGGAGACAUCUGUUAUCAAUGGAACAUAUCGUGGCUUCAUGGAAGUCAUUCUUCAGAACAACGAAACCAGGAUGCAAAGCUAUCACAUGAAUGGUUACGCCUUCUUUGUUGUCGGUAUGGAUUACGGAGAAUGGACAGAGAAUAGCAGAGGAACAUACAACAAAUGGGAUGGGAUUGCUCGAUCCACCAUUCAGGUCUAUCCAGGUGCAUGGACGGCGAUCUUGAUUUCGCUGGACAACGUCGGAGUGUGGAAUAUCAGAACAGAGAAUCUUGAUUCAUGGUACCUCGGCCAAGAAACAUACAUUAGAGUCGUCAACCCAGAGAACAACAACAAGACCGAGUUCCCAAUGCCCGACAACGUCCUCUACUGCGGCGCCCUCGGCAAACUUCAAAAGCCGCAGCGCAUUUCAUCUGCGUCGAAAAUAUCAGACUUUGGAAUGACGACGAUCUUCAUGAUGAUGGGAUUACAUGCUGCGGCUAUGUUGCUUCUCCGUUAACACUCUCUCCGUUUUAAGAAGACGCAUCUGAUUGAUGGGUUUGAGUCAGUUCAGUUUUUUUUUUUUUUUUGGUAUGCGUGUGCGUUUUCUGUGUUUGUGAAGUUUUAAGGUAAUGUAGUUUGAUUUUUCAUUAAUCUAGGGUUUUGUUCAUACUGAAACCAAGAGAGAGAAAUUCUUCUUUGAUUCUUAUGUCGUUUCCAA